GUUUGAACUGCCCGAAUGUCGGAAAUGGACGGGUUUCGACCCUCGAAGCUAGCUUAACUACGGAACCGGGAUUCAACCUUUCCUUGAGAUGAAGGCUUCCAGAACCGAUUCAACGCAGUGAUGCGGAUCGAGAUGACGGGCCAAGCUCGGAUAGUGAUGGCGAGCGAGCUUCUCGGCAGUAUAGACCUGAAGACCCAUGCGACAAGAGAACUAUAAAUUGAAGUCUUAUACUGCUUGUUCCCCUCUGACUGGACUUCAUCCCUGAAAACAUCUCUCAGGUUGUCGAAAUGCGCUCUGCUAUUGUUGGAGGACUGGUUGCCAUCGGCUCCGCUCUCGGCGUUGCUGGCUCGCCGCAUGCACCCACUGUUGAGAAGGCCAACGCAUAUGACUACAUCGUCGUCGGUGGAGGGCCUGCCGGCAUCAUUACCGCCGAGCGUCUGGCCGAGGCCAACAAGAAAGUUCUCCUGCUGGAGCGAGGCCGCGGUCCGACUGUGGCUACGGGUGCCAAUGACACGCUUGUUUGGAACAAUAACUUGACCCCAGUCGAUGUGCCAGGCCUGUCUGCCGACAUUGGUGCUCUCCCUGAGUGGGAGGAGUACGUUUGUACCGAUACUGCUGGGACUGCAGCCUGUGUUCUCGGUGGCGGUGUCACAGUUAACUACAUGGUCUUCGUGCACCCGCCAGACCAUGACUUUGACGACAAGUGGCCCAAGGGUUGGAAAUGGAACGAUGUCAAGCCUGCGGCCGACAGGCUUUACGAGCGCAACCCUGGAACUAUCCUACCCUCUGCUGAUGGCAAACGCUAUGAUCAAGGCCUAUACACCGUGCUUUCCAACUUUUUCAGCAACAUCGGCUGGAAAGCCGUCAACAUGAUCUCGCAGCCCAACGAGAAGCACCAGGUCUACAGCUACCCUUCCUGGAAUCUUAAGGAUCAGAAGCGUGCCGGCCCGGUCCGCACCUACCUUCCCCUUGCUGAGAAGCAUCAGAACUUCCAGCUUCAGCUUGGCUCCAAGGUGACUCGCGUUCUCCGUUCCGGCAGCAAGGCUACUGGGGUCGAGGUCGAGAACGCCUUCGGCCGUCUGGAAAACAUCACACUAGCCGCCAACGGCAGAGUCGUCCUGUCCGCGGGCGCCCUUUCGACCCCUCGCAUCUUGUUCAACUCGGGUAUCGGACCUCAGUCUCAGAUCGAGACCGCCCAGGAGAGCGGCGUUGUCGUCCCCCCCAAGAGCGACUGGAUCAACCUCCCCGUUGGCGUAGGUCUCAAGGACCACCCCAUCUUCACCAUCGUCGUCAAGACCAACGGCUCUUACGGCCCGCUUGACUGGACGGGUAUCUACAACGGAACUGAUAUCGCCGACAUCAGUCUCUAUGCCAAGGGCAACGGUGUGCUGACCCAAGGAAAGCACCGGCUGAUCUUCUUCUCCUCCAACGUGGUCGAUGGCCGGACCCGCUACUACCAAGGAUCAUGCGCGCCCACUGGCGAAGACGAAGUCACUCUGACGACUUACAUGACCCACGGUCUCACUUCCUCCGGUGUCCUUGGAGUAGAUGCUGAUGGCAACACCGUCUAUGAGCAGACCCCUUGGAUGAACACCGCCGGUGACCGUGCUGCGGCCAAGCUGUUCAUCCAGGGCCUGGUCGACGAUCUGCUUGCUCCCUCCACUGGCUUCCAGCUGGAGGCCAACACCAACGUCUCUUCCAUCCUAGCAAACCCGACUACUGGUAUGCACUAUACGACCACCGCAAAGAUGGGCACGGACGAUGGCCGCCACGGAAACGGUACCUCCGUCGUUGAUACCAACACGAAGGUCUAUGGAAUGGACAACUUGUACAUUGUUGAUGGCAGUAUCCACCCCGACCUUCCUACCGGCAACAUCCAGGCCACCAUCAUGGUCGUGGCCGAGGCUGCUGUGGCCAAGAUCCUGGCUCACCAGUGAGUGUGGGAACAAUCGAAGAUCGAGUCAACCGCGAGACGCCUACCUUUCGAAGGUUCUGACCGACAGUCGAAUGCUUCCUAUAUAGCAUUGUCAACAUAGUCGAUACGAGUAAUGAAACAUAAGAUUAGCAACCUUGCUUUCGAGACUCUCGAUUUAUUGUAACUACUUACAAGG